CUUACAGAACAAAAUGAGGUGCUGAGGAUAGUGAUGGUGGGGAAGACUGGAAUUGGGAAAAGUGCCACUGGAAACACCAUUCUGGGACAAAAAGAAUUUGACUCAAAGCUCAGUGCUAAGUCUAUGACUACAGACUGUUCUAAGGGCAGAGGUGAUGUGGAUGGACAAGAGGUUGCUGUUAUCGACACCCCGGGCCUGUUUGACACCAGGUAUGACAAGGAAAAAACAGUGAAUGAUGUAACCCAGUGCAUCUCUUAUGCUUCUCCUGGACCCCAUGUCUUCCUGGUGGUCAUCAGAUUGGGAAGAUUCACUGAAGAGGAAAAGAAAGCAGUGGAGACGAUUCAAGAAAUCUUUGGCAAGGCUGCAGACAAAUACAGCAUGGUGCUCUUUACUGGUGGUGAUUCUCUUGAAGAUACGACUAUUAAGGAGUUCGUGGAAGAAAGUCCAGACCUGAAGGAACUCGUAGACAGAUGUAACGGCCAGUACCAUGUCUUCAAUAAUAAGCUGAAGGAUAGAGCUCAGGUCACUGAGCUGCUCCAGAAGAUCAGAGAUAUAGUCCAGAAGAACGGAGGAAGCCACUACACCAACAACAUGUUCCAAGAGGCCGAGAAGGCAGUCGAGGAGGAGAAACAACGCAUCCUCAAAGAGAACGAAGAACAAAGGCGCAGAGAGAAAGAAAAACUGGAAAGGGAACUACAGGAAAAACAUGACAAAGAGAUGGCGGAAAUUGAGGCCAAACACAAGGAUGAGAAAAAUAAGGAGAAGAAAAAGAUUGAGGACGAGAAGAAGAGAAUGCAGGAGGAGCAUGAGAAAGAACUCAAGAAGAAAAUGAAAGAAAAGGAUGAAGAAGAUUCGAGAAAAGCCCGAGUUGCAGCUGAGAAAUCUAAUCCUGCGAAAAAAGGGUGGGGGUGUAGCAUUUUGUAG